AAACAGCCAAUUGGGAUCUACCUUUUCAUUUAGAACCACCUACAUACCCCUACACUAUGUCGUUUGAUCCUUUUGGCUCUACAGCCACCAUUGUCGUCUUUGGAGCCUCGGGAGACUUGGCUAAGAAGAAGACCUUCCCUGCUCUCUUUGGCUUGUUCCGUGAGGGCCACUUAUCGUCCGAUGUCAAGAUCAUUGGUUAUGCCAGAUCACAUUUGGAAGAAGACGACUUCAAGAAACGUAUUUCGGCCAACUUCAAGGGCGGUAACCCCGAAACGGUGGAGCAGUUUCUCAAACUUACCUCAUAUAUCUCCGGACCAUACGACACCGAUGAAGGAUACCAAACUUUGUUGAAGUCAAUUGAAGACUAUGAAGCCGCCAAUAACGUCCUGACCCCAGAGAGACUCUUCUACUUAGCCUUGCCGCCAUCAGUGUUCACCACAGUUGCUUCGCAGUUGAAGAAGAACGUCUAUUCCGAGACUGGCAAGACAAGAAUCAUUGUUGAAAAGCCAUUUGGCCACGACUUGGAAUCUUCCAGACAAUUGCAAAAGGACUUGUCGCCUUUGUUCACCGAGGAAGAAUUAUACAGAAUUGACCAUUACUUGGGAAAGGAAAUGGUGAAAAACUUGUUGGUGUUGAGAUUUGGUAACGAGUUGUUCAACGGUGUUUGGAACAAAAACCAUAUCAAGUCGAUCCAGAUCUCGUUUAAGGAAGCCUUUGGCACCGACGGAAGAGGAGGCUAUUUCGAUUCCAUUGGAAUCGUUAGAGACGUCAUGCAGAACCAUCUCUUGCAAGUUCUUACCCUCUUGACCAUGGACAGACCUGUUUCCUUUGACCCAGAAGCCGUUAGAGACGAAAAGGUCAAGAUAUUGAAGGCUUUCGAUGCUUUGGACCCAGAAGACAUCUUGUUGGGACAAUACGGCAAGUCCGAAGACGGCUCCAAGCCUGGGUACUUGGACGACUCUACUGUUCCUAAGGACUCUAAGUGUGUAACUUACGCUGCUUUAGGUAUAAAGAUCCACAACGAAAGAUGGGAAGGUGUUCCAAUUGUUAUGAGAGCCGGUAAGGCUUUGGACGAGUCCAAGGUUGAAAUCAGAAUCCAGUUCAAGCCUGUAGCAAGAGGUAUGUUCAAGGAAAUCCAGAGAAACGAAUUGGUUAUCAGAGUGCAACCGAACGAAUCCAUAUACUUGAAGAUAAACUCCAAGAUUCCAGGAAUUUCUACUGAGACUUCCUUGACAGACUUGGACUUGACAUACUCUACCAGAUACUCAAAGGACUUCUGGAUUCCAGAGGCUUACGAAGCCUUAAUCAGAGACUGUUACUUGGGUAACCACUCCAACUUUGUCAGAGACGAUGAGUUGGAUGUUUCAUGGAAGUUGUUCACACCAUUGUUGCAGUACAUUGAAUCUGACAAGUCUCCACAGCCAGAAGUAUAUGCUUACGGAUCUAAGGGUCCUAAGGGCUUGAGAGAGUUCUUGAACAAACACGACUACAUCUUCGCCGAUGAAGGUACAUACCAAUGGCCAUUGACUACACCAAAGGUCAAGGGUAAGAUCUAGGUAAAGACGAAAAGUAUGAUAGACGUUUUUGGCGAUGAAAUGUUUAAUGUGAUCUGAUAAUAGUUUUGUUUUUUCUAUAGUUUAAUUUUGAAAGUUUGGGCAUUCAAUAUAUUGAUACGCUUUGU